AUGGCCGAAAAGGCCCCCGACCCUCCCAAACCCCGUCCCGCCGGCACGCCGCUGCCCCCCCUCAAGCUCCCCAUCAUCGACCACCUCAAGUCCAAGCGCGUCAUCCUCGCCUCGGCCUCGCCGCGCCGCAAGGCCCUCCUCGCCCAGGUCGGCCUCACAAACCUCGAGAUCACGCCCUCCUCCCUGCCCGAGAACAUUGACAAAAAGUCCCACGGCCCCCACGAAUACGUCGCCGCGACCGCCCGCCAAAAGGCCCUCGACGUCUACGAGACGGCCCUGCGCACCUCGCUCGCCUCCAUCCCCGACCCCGACCUCGUCCUCGCCGCCGACACCAUCAUCGUCACGCGCGACGGCCGCAUCCUCGAGAAGCCCCGCUCCGAGGCCGACCACCUGCGCAUGCUGCAGCACCUGCGCGACACGGUCGUCCACCGCGUCCUGACCUCGGUCGUCGCCAUCGCCCCGCGCGAGGACGCCGCCCACCCGGGCUACGAGAUUGCCGCCCACACCGAGGAGACCAAGGUCUUCUUCGUCCAGGAGGGCGACGGCCUGCCCGACGACGUCGUCGACGCCUACGUCAAGACCCGCGAGGGCGCCGACAAGGCCGGCGGCUACGCCCUGCAGGGCAUGGGCGGCAUCCUGCUCGUCGACCGCAUCGACGGCGGCGUCGACAAUGUCGUUGGCCUGCCUGUGCGCCGCGCCCUGGCCCUCGCCGAGCGCGUCAUUUUCAAGCAGAACGUCGAGGAGGAGGCCGACGUGAGCGACGAGGACGUCCAGCUGUAG